CUUGCGGAGUAAAGAGCAUCAUCCUCUUCUUCUCUUUGCCUUGAUACGCCUCAACUGGCCAUCCAUAUAGUCAUCCAUAUAGCCAUCCAUAUAGCCAUCCAUUUCAUAUCAUCCCUCGUCUUCAUAUUCAACAUCUGCCCUGUAGACUGACGGCAGUCGCCAGCAGCACACACCUCCAUCCCACAAGGCACAUCAUCAUCCUCGCAAUCGCUCUUCACCCAUCCCGCCCACCACUCAUCAUCCGUCACAACUCCACCUCCCUCUCCCUCUCCCUCUCCCUCCCUCCUCCUUCUCCCCUCCCUUCGCCCGACCUUCCUCCCCCUGCUUCUCGCCUCUCUCCUCUCACCCACACAUAAUCACUAUGGGCCAGAAACCCUCCUCGGAGAACCAGCGCGACUUCGGCUCCCGUCAAGAGGACUGGUACCUUCCUAAUUCGAAUCAUCAUCAUCAUCCCAACAACAACCAGCGAUCCUCCCCUAGCAGCUCCACCACCGGUCAUUUCCCCGGAUACCCUCGAGGCCGCGCAUCUUCCCUGACCGUCAACAAGAACCACUCUACAACCUCCUUCGCCAGCAGUGCGCCUGCCCCACCACGCGGCCCUGGGUACCUGCACGCGAACCAGUCUACGUCCAGUCUUUCCCAAUGGUCGCCUGGUCGCAAGAGCUAUGCCAAAAAGAUUGUUAGUAUCGGCAAGCCCACGGAUGUCGAGCAUGGGAUCCAUGUCGAGUACAACGCUGAACGGCGCAAGUUUAUGGGUAUUCCCGACGUCUGGCAGAACGAGGUCCCAACGGACGAUCCCCUUGACACAACCUGUAUCAGCCCGCAUCUCGUUCCGACCGCACGACAGCCGAGCGGUCCUUCUGAAGAGCACAGGAUUGGAUGGCCAUAUAAUGUCCAACACAAGGCUCACGUCGACAUUGAUAUUUCUCACAAUGGCAAGGUCGGCCUCAAGGGUCUGCCCAACGAAUGGAAGACGGUAUUAGAGGCUCAGGGCAUCAGUGAGCAGGACAUAAAAAAACACCCACAGGCACUUAGGAAGCUGAUGCAGUUUCAAGGAGAUCUAGAACUGCCUCCGCCAUCUCGACCCCCGCCUCCCCCGCCAAAACCCCUCCAAAACAACUUGACAUUACCGACCGUGGGUGCAACCUCUGGAAGCAUGUUGUCGCGCGCAGCCGACACAAGACCGCGACUGGAUCAAAGCGGAACCAUCUCACCCACUAAACCAGACCUUAGCAUUAACCCUAGACGAACCUCAAGCCUCAACCCAGCAGCGCGUGUCUUCCCAGAGUCUCCCCAAUCAUCAAAACUUUCCUUCCAAAAUAGCCGGCCUAUGCAAAGUCCUCGGAGCAACAGCGAUGGCUGGGAUACGAAAACGGUCGUAGGAUCUGCGGCAAGACCAUCUUCGCCUUCACCUUAUGCCAUGGGGCCUGUCAGGGAACAUGGCGAAAUGUCGCAAGAGCAUUAUUCCCGGAACCGUAAUCAAUCUACGGGCACCACAGCAGCAGAUAUGCGGCAGAGUUGGAGAUCGAACCCAAGGGCGAGCGAAGACUCUGAGGCAUCGUCGACAACACGCACUGGUGACUCAAUAUCGACUACGCCAAAACUGAAGCAAUUCCCAGCAGUCCCAACAAGCCCGGGAUCGACUAAUAGGCUGCAGAGCACCGGCCCACCACAUCCUACCGGUACUACUAGUACUGGCUUGAACACAACAGUGGCAUCGCCCUCAGCACCACCGUCUUCAGUAGCACCGUCUUCAGUGGCACCGUCUUCAGCGGCACGAUCUCUCACACGCCCUCCCACAGACUCAAAUCCGCUGCCCAUCUCCCAGUACUUUAAGGAGCGCUCGCCAACAGUGAUGACAUCAUCUCAGAGCGCGAAGCAGAAAGGCAACUCUUCGCCCAAGUCACCUCCUGUUUCUACCAACUCCUCGCAGUCGAUUCAGAUCCCGCUACAUUUGCGUCGAAAAUCCAUCAAGAGUAUGUACGUCAACAUCCCCACGCCCGGCUACGCGGACUCGGGUCAGGAAAACAGCGACCGCAAACAAGAUGGAGGACCGCUCGAGGGCGGACUGGAUCCGCUCUCUCCCGAGGAAGAGGAGAAACGUCAAAAGCUCAUGCCUACAUUGUCGGACGAUUUAUUGCGCAAAUAUGCCGUUGAACCUAUCGGCGCAUCGCCCCUGCGCUCCAGUACACAGACAGCAAGCAAGGGAUCGACUAGUGGCUCGGAUUCAUUGAUCGAAACCAAGGGAUUGGCGAACGGCGUCCAUGCACAGCCAGGAAGCACGCUCCCAGCUAAUGGCACUGGGCUCUCAAUUGAUACUGCUCAGGUUCCCGAUACUAUAUCAGCUAAAACGACUAUGACUGAUGUGUCUAAUCUCGUUGUGGAGGACAAAGAGGACAUUCUUUUCAUCAACGAGUAUGGCCUGCAACCCCUCAUCAGUCGACCCCGCUCCACAGACCCGUAUCAGCUGUACUCUGACAUUGUCAAGAUUGCGGAGGGAGAAUCUGGAUUUUUGUUUUCUGCAACAGAAAAUUCAAUGGGCAACCUGGUCGCGGUAAAGAUGAUCGCCAAAACGGCUACCGCCAAAAUGAAGACGAUUCGCAACGAACUUGAGCUCAUGAAGGCAAGCCAUCAUCCCAACAUCGUCGCCUUUGUUGACUGCCACCUGACAUCAACGGAGCUCUGGAUGGUCAUGGAGCGCAUGGAUAUCUCUCUCGCUGACAUUAUCGCCAUCAACCCAUACCAGGGACAACAUCAUUCAGACCAGGGUCUACUACAAGAAUGUCAUAUGGCUCGUGUUGCUAAGGACACUCUAGAAGCCAUCUCGUAUCUGCACCAGCAUGAGCGGAUCCACCGCGAUAUCCGAAGCGACAACAUCUUACUCGACAUGAAGGGACGCGUUAAGCUGGCGGACUUUGGGCAUUCGGUACAACUGACCAGGGAGCAUCCCAGGAGGAACUCUGUUGUUGGCACACCUUACUGGAUGGCGCCCGAAGUGAUCCAAGGAUGGAAUUAUGGAACUCGUGUCGACAUUUGGAGUUUUGGCGUCGUCAUGCGCGAGAUGCUUGAAGGGGAGCCACCCUAUCUGAACGAGCCUCCACUGCGGGCCAUGUUUUUGAUUGCCAGUGGUGACCUUCCCAAGAUCAACCAUGGAGGAUUGGUCUCUCAAAGAUGUCUUUCAUUCGUGGAGGCAUGUACCUCUGGCGAAGGCGAGGAUCGGCCAAGCGCCAGAGAUUUGCUCAUGCAUCCCUUUCUCGAAUUUGCCUGCGACACCUCAGUAAUGGUACAGCUCCUCGAACGUACCUAUGCGCUGGAAGCCGGCAAUGAAGAAAAUGACGAGGGGGAUGGUGACGAGGGAGAUGGUGACGAGGACGCGGAACAAACUGAAAAGGAGCAACACCCAUUAUUGCCUGAAGGGCGCCACGAAAGUGCUGGAAUGGCCAGUGGCAGUUCGGCCGUGAGCAAAUACGAGAACACCUAUCAGAGUGAUGGGAAGACUGAAGUUGAGGACGAAGAUGAGGAGGAGACGGUUAUUGCAGUGGCAACGAAAAUGACAGCAAGAUCGACAGUCGGACGAGCCAUCGCUUCGCCAGGGUCACCAUAGUAUUCAAUUGCAGUUUAAUAAUAAAGAACCAGCAUAAAGUCUGAU